CGGGCCUACCAGACAAAACCAGGAUGUGACAUCAUUCACAGAAAGGGAAGCCACAUAACUUUUCUACUUGUUGUUUUGAUCCAUUUUCGUACAGUAAUUGUAACCGAUGAGUGGGAAUCAGAGAAAAAGUUUUUACAGGAUAGUUUGGAUUGACACUCUGCCCUCUUGGAGAAAAGAGGAAUUCUUUUCAGAUUUCCCACAAAUCCUUCUACAUUCCAUGUGUCUUCAGUGGGACUAGAGCCAGAAACUUCCCCAUUUGAUGAAACCCAAGGAAUCAGUGUAAACAAUCCUGACUGGUGGCCCACCUCUCAAUCAGCCUCCUCAGAUCACCAAUGGAUUUUUGCCUGGGACAGGUCUUCAGCAAAGAUAAGACAUUUCGGCCUCGGAAGCGUUUCGAACCUGGAACACAGCGCUUUGAGCUGUAUAAAAGAGCCCAAGCUUCGUUGAAAUCAGGCCUGGACCUUAGGAAAGUUGUACAGCUGCCAGAAGGGGAGAGCAUUAACGAUUGGAUAGCGGUGCAUGUGGUGGAUUUCUUUAAUCGUAUCAAUCUCAUCUAUGGGACGGUCAGUGAGUUCUGCAAUGAGAAGACAUGCCCCAUCAUGUCCGGUGGGCCACGUUAUGAAUACAGGUGGCAGGAUGGGGAUCAGUACAAGAAGCCCACCAAGCUGCCUGCUCUUAUAUACAUGAACCUUCUCAUGAACUGGAUCGAAUCACUUAUCAACAACGAAGACAUCUUUCCUACACGAGUAGGAGUCCCCUUUCCUAAAAACUUCCAACAGGUCUGCAAGAAGAUCCUGAGCAGAUUGUUUCGGGUGUUUGUACAUGUCUACAUUCAUCACUUUGACAUCAUCUGCAAUAUGGGGGCGGAAGCUCACAUAAACACCUGCUACAAACACUAUUAUUUCUUUAUCUCUGAGUUCACCCUCAUCGACCAGUCAGAGUUGAGGCCUUUGAAAGAAAUGACAGAAAAGAUCUGCCACUGAAAGAAUGUGGAGAAUGGAUGUGCCCUGGCACAAAACUAAAAAAUGAGCCAGUAAACAAAUUAUUUCAAACAUUCAGGUCAAAACUACAAUGUACUGUUUUUAAAUUCUGAUCGAAGAUCAAAGAUUUUUUGUAUAAUUCUGUGUUGUAUUAUAUUUUGGAUCUUAAAUAGUUUCAAAUCUUGCAAUUUGUGCAAGAAUAGUUUAUCAGUGUUAACUAUGAGUGAAAAAACAAAAAGUAGUUACAUCAAAUGUUGGCUUGAGUAAUAUUUUAGAAGACUUCAUAAUGUGACUUUGAAGAUAUUUGUCCUUCAGGUAACUUUUCUUGAAAUGGCAUGUUCUGAACUAAUAAUAGUGGAACAGUGUACAUUCCUGACUCUGUACAGGGACAGACGCCAUCUCUUACCUUUAUAUAACCAGAGCAUGCAUGUACAUAAACCAUUAUGCCUGUGACUGAUGAUGAACAGUACUGAUCAGUACUUUUCGAAUUUCAGAUCUAGUUUUAAAAAUGUGCUGUUUUUAUUGCAUGUUAACCAGUUUCAAAUACAUUUUUCUUUUUGA